AUGGUCGCCUUCACCACCCUCGCUGCCGCUACCGUCCUUGCGAUGGCUGCCGACGCCCACAUCUCGGGUUGGCACCCGUCCAUGUUCGGUUUCGACUACCCCAACCAGUCCAACUACCCCUACAAGACUGCGGGCCCGGCGCCCAACUACAACAACAACCGCCCCGUUACGCCCAUCCGCCUGUCGGCCAAGCCUUCCGAGAACUUCUGGGUCAGUAACGGUCUGCGCGACUACCCUCCCGCGCCCGGUCAGUUCCUCGACCUCCCGACUGGUGGCGCCACUCGCUUCGAAGUCUCGUGCAACCGCGCCUACACUUCGUUCCGCCACCCUGGCAUGACCAACCCUCUUCCCCCCUACGCCUGUACCGACGAGUAUCCUCUUCACACCGUCAACUGGUUCAACAAGCAGCCCGACAUUAGCAAGCUCGGCGGUGCGGCUCUUGCCAUUGCCUACACCUCGGACGCCAAGAACGUCAAGGGGUCCGACUUCACCGUUGUCUCGGUUCAAUACCGCGCGGUCUGGGAGCGUGUCAUCACCUUCAACAUUCCUUCGGGCAUGCCAGAGUGCCCGCCCGAGGGAUGCCUGUGCACCUGGAACUGGCUGCACACCGCCCUCAACACGCGUAACCCCCCGGCCCCUGCUGGCCAGCCCCAGGGUGAGGGCUACGGUUUCGAGAUCUUCAACACCCUCUUCCGCUGCAAGGUCUCGGGUGGCGUUAACAACAACAACAAGGUCGGUGCUGGCCAGAACCCCGUCGAGUGCUCCAAGGACUCGUCCCAGUGUGUCAAGGGCCCCAAGAAGCCCAUCAUCACCUGGAUGGCCAGCGGCAACACCGUCAACAUGAACAACGAUGAACGCUACGGCUACCCCGUCUACAACAAGGGUUACGGCUUUGCCAACGGUGCUCAGCAGGACGCCGUCGUUCCCAAGUAA